AUGCCUACAUCUCGAAAGUAUCAAUCCGAUGUCUUUCCUUCUUGGCCAGUGCCCAUGAUUCGCAUCCGUAGCUGGCGAUAUCGAAAGCAAUGCUUUUCGACAUGCCAUAUUACCUAUCUAUCUAUCUAUCUAUCUAUCUAUCUAUGCAUUGUUGAUUACAAACAUUCUAUCUAUCUAUCUAUCUAUCUAUCUAUCUAUCUAUCUAUCUAUCUAUCUAUGUUUAUUUAUCUCACUAUUGAUGAGAACGACGUACAUAGAGACAUCAAUCACCUGAACUCAUUUCUAUCUCGUUUCUCUUACAUUUCCCGAUGUCUGUCUCUCCUUUUCACUCUUUCUAUUUAUUCAUCUAUUUUUUUAAUUCUCUUUUCCCCCUCUAUUUCUUUACUUCAUCUCUCACCAAUGUCUUUUCCUUUCCCCAUCUCUGUUUUUCAUUUUAACUCCACUUCUUUUCUCCCUUUCUUUCACCUUCUCUUUCUGUAUCAUCUUCUGUCCAUUUUUCUCCCAACAACUCAUCCUUACGAGAGUAAGAAAGGAAACAGUAAAAUCAACAAUAGAAGUAAUAUUCCCAUUCAGCAGAGAAGACUUAUUUUUCGCAUGCUAUGGAUUUGGAAAUCAAACCUCAUUUUGGAACAAAUGAACUUGUUCAUUUGGAAAGUUAAAAAUUCGAACUGGUUAUAA